GCUGGAGCGCAAGUGGCUCGACUUGAUGCCCAGCACAAAGGAGAUGGCAUCCAUAAGAUUCGACUUGCCGGCACCAUUUGGACCGCAGAUACUGGAGAAGCUGCGAAAGGGUCCGAUAGUCUGAUGUCCCUUGUAUGACUUGAAGUCACAGAGCUCUAUCUGGACGAGUCUGCCCAUUGCUGGCUUCUCUUUGUAGCUGACCUAGUCUGGUCUCUUGUCUGGUCGCGUCUUUGGGAGUCGAGGAAAGAGAAACGCGAAUUUGUCCAAGACUCAACCAGCGCAACAUCUAGACACCGACAAGGGCCUAGACAAGCAGAGGCAAGCAGGCAUGUCCAAGGUCACUCAGUUCGACGACAUCCACCUCAACCUCGGCGACAAGCCAGGUAAGCUGCGUCUCGCAGAAUCAGGCCUCGGCUGGAAAUCACCAGCAAGCACGACACCCUUCACCCUCCCUACCAGCGACAUCAAGCAUGCAGACUGGGUCAAGGCGAGCCGUGGGUACAUGCUCAAGAUCACAACACGCCAAGGGGAUGCCGUGACGCUUGACAAUUUCAGGGAAGACGACGUGGAAGCCCUCUCGAGCAGCAUCCAGGAAAAGUUCAAGCUGGAGCUGCAUCGCAAGGAGCAUGCCCUCAAGGGAUGGAAUUGGGGCAAGACAGACAUCACGGGCAGUGACCUGUCCUUCAUUGUGAAUGGCAAAAAUGCGUUUGAUCUACCACUCAAGCAUAUUGCCAACACCAAUCUUACAGGCAAGGCAGAAGUGUCUAUCGAAUUUGGCCUACCUGGUGAAGCAGAUGAGAGCAAUAAAGAUGCAAAGCGCGAGGCCCGACUCGUCGACCAAAUGGUGGAGAUUCGCUUCUUCGUGCCAGGUCAAGCGGAUAAAGGCGACGAUGCAGGCAGUGACAAGGAAGGCGAAGCGGACCCUGUCGAAGAAGUGUCCAAUGCACAAGUCUUUUACGAUACACUCAAAGAUCGUGCCGAUGUCGGCGAAACGGCCGGUGAUGCUAUUGCUUCCUUCUCCGAUGUUGUCUGUAUCGUUCCUCGUGGACGUUAUGAGAUUGACAUGUUUGCCUCGUCUUUGCGAUUGCGUGGCAAGACAUACGAUUACAAGGUCCAGUACAGUGCCAUUGUCAACUUGUUCCUGCUCCCAAAGAAUGACGAGGCCAAUGUGCUCUUCAUUGUUGGACUUGAUCCACCACUUCGGCAGGGCCAAACGCGCUACCCGUUCCUAUGCUUGCAAUUCGCUCGCGAGGAGGAGAUGGAGGUCGAGCUCAACUUGGAUGACGCAGAAUACGAACAAAAGUACAAGGAUAAGCUCAAGAAGGCCUACGAUCAACCCACCCACCAAGUUGUUUCUCAAAUCUUCAAGGGAUUGAGUGGCAGGCGCGUGACGGUGCCCUCCAGCUUCAAAUCCUACCAUGGCCUCGCAUGCAUCAAAUGCAACCAUCGCGCUAACGAAGGCGCACUCUACCUUCUUGACAAGUGUGUCUUGUUCGUUACCAAGCCGACACUCUUUGUGCCCUUCAACGAUGUGCGUUCCGUCAUCUUUUCGCGCGUGGGCGGCAGCAUGAAUACAUCCAAGACCUUUGAUGUGACAUUCACAAGCCGGACGGGUCAAGCGGAUCAGCAAUUCACCAGCAUCAAUCGCGAAGAACAGUCCACCCUCGAGGAAUUCUUGACAGGUAAGGGACUACGCAUCAAGAAUGACUUGCAAGACGAUUCGGCUGCCUUGUUGUCCGCAGCACUAGCAGAAGAGGCGGAUAUGGAUGACGAUGACGUACCAGCGAUUCGAGGCGAGUCUGGUGGCGAGGAUGAUGAGUCUCCUGAUGAGGACUUUGAGAUGGACUCGAACGAGAGUGACAUUGCAGAAGAAUUUGACUCAGAUGUACAGCAAGAUAGUGGCGAUGAUGAGGAAGGUGGCAGUGAAGCAAAACCGCAAAAGAAGAAGCGGAAGACUGAGGCGUAGCGUCGAGGCUUUAACCAUUCCAUAUAUAUUCUAUGCGUUGAGAA